ACCUGAAAUUUGAUUUUGCUUCAAGUUUGGUGUAAUUUUUUCAUAUUCUUUUAUUUAUUUACAAUAAUUUCCAAUCAAACCAUGAAUUAAACCUCGAUUUCCAAUCCCAUUAAAAUGAUCAAUUUGAUAUUUUACAAAAUAAAAUCCUUCUUCCUUGUUUUCAUCAAUCUACUUCGAAGGGCGUUAUGUUGUUUCCGUAAACGUCGGCACAGUUUUAAAGAUUCCGAAACGUUGACCCACGUAAUUUCAAAUUUGGAAGAGCAAAACGACGCCCCAAACUGGUCAGAAUGGGGCGACAAUUUUAAAGACCACAAACCGAAAACUGUUCAGGAUUACAUUGAGCUUUACCGAGAGCAAGCUGUGAAGGCUAGGACUGCUGUAGAAAAGGCUGAAGAAGAUUCCCCUGAACAACAGUUUUUCGAGGACAUGGCCCCACAGAUUAUGAAGCAAACGAAGGUUUUCGUGAGGUCGAAGAAUGAUACUGUUAGUAAGAGGACUGUGAAUACUAGACUGAAUGCUGUGGAAGAUACUGUAAAUAUUAUUCCGUCUGGUGAAUUAGGAGAAUGGGAUGAAAAUAGUGGUUGGGAUGGAGAACAGCUCUUAGACGAAGAGGCCCAAAAAGUACUUAGAGAGCAAAAGAGACUAGAGAGGGAAAAACGAGCUUGGGAGCAGCAUCAGAAGAGACUGGAAAAGGCCUCACAAUCUUGCCUCAACUAUAGACCACUUUAUCCUCUUUCCCACGAUUCCAGUGAUUUGAAUCCUUUGACUCCAGCACACCUGCUAAUCGGCGAAUCUCUAACUGGCUUACCAGACCACAACUUUAUGGAUGUUAAAGGUUACAGAGAACACAACAACUUUACCAACACUUCUGGUCCAGAUGGACUAAGGAGUACAUAACCACGCUUCAAAAUCGUGUUAGAUCAUUUGAAAAUAA